CUCCUCCUGAAAGGGCAGGCCCCGCCCACCAGCCUUUGCUUAGGCUCAAGCGUCACGUGGUCGCUCCGCUGUCGCUCAGCUACUCGGCCCGCCCCUUUCAAGCCCUCCGCUGCCGCGCGUCCGGUGAAUGAAGAGCCUGGAUGAAUAAAAGUGCAGUAUGUUGAGUUGGUUUUGAGAGACAUGAAAAUGCCAGCAGAGGAGAGUGAAGCCAAGGCAAAAACCAAGGUUCGCUUCGAAGAAAUAUUCAGGAACCAUGUUGGCCUAACAGAUAAAAAGAAUUUAAAGAAGAAGAAAUCAAAUAUUCCAGAUAAUAUUGUGCUUGAAACAUUCAAAAACCAUCUUGAUCCUGCCAAAGAAAAUGAAAAUGACGAUAUAAUUAUAAACAACACUUAUAACCCAGAAGAAAGGGGUCCACAAUUUACAAAAAACGAGCUUGGAAGCAAAGCUUCAGCUGCAGUAAAAAUAAAUGAUAAUGCUGUUAGUGGGGAGGAUAGCAAGCAAACAAAGGCUAACAACAAGAAGAAGAAGGCAGCAUUACAAGAACAACUUAAUGAGGAGGAAAAGUUAUCUGAAAUGAAAUUGGACAGUUUUGAAAAAGAGAUUCAUGUGUUUUCAAAGAAAAAAACAAGUAUAUUACAAGCAGAUGCACUUCAUCAAAAAGGGGACAGUAACAUAAAAGGUGCCUUGAAUGGAGUGAGAGAUAUAUCGGAGUUAGAUGAAGAAGAACAGCUAAUCCAAGCCUAUGAGCAGCAAGUGGCUGAAGAGGAAGCAAAUGCAAUUAAGAAGAAAAUAAAAAAGAAACUUAAAGAACAGAUGUCUGAAUUCACCUUCAAUGUUCAAAGUCAUGAAGUGGUACUGAACAAUGAAAUGAGUAAAAAGAAGAAAAAGAAAAAAGUACCAGUUUUAUCUGCAGCUCAAACAAGUGCCUUAACCGAAUCUGAACUACAGAGUGAACUAGAAGAGGAUAAUAGUAGCAAAAAGAGAUCAUUGGAAAGACCGCUCAUAUCAAAGUCUACAGAAGACUUUGUGUUAACAGAAGAGCCACAGCAGAAGGAAGAUGUUGAAAAAACAAAAUGUAAAGGAAGGAAAGCAAAAAGAAAACCCAAAAAAGCACUUGAAGAAGAUACAGAACAAGCUGGUGAAAAUACAUUGCAUGUGGCUUCUAGUGUUUCACCUGAACCAAAACCAGUUUUUGAUGAUAGCCUCGUUUUAGGUGUUUACAUCCAUCGAACUGAUAGACUUAAAACUGAUCUCAUGGUAUCACACCCCAUGGUUAAGAUUCACGUGAUUGAUCAGAAAACUGGUCUAUAUGUCAAGAAAGAGAACAGCAGCCGACCAGUUUCCUCCUUCUAUGAACAAGAGAAAGUAGAACAUAUUCUUCCUAUUAUGACCCAACCUUAUGAUUUCAAAAAGUUUAAGUCAACACUUCCAGAAUGGGAGGAGCAAAUCAUAUUCAAUGAACGUUUUAACUAUUUCCUUCAAGAUGCUGAAGAAAGCCCAAGAGUCAUACUUUUCUUCCAGAUCCUUGACUUUUUAAGCAUGAAUGAUGCAAAAGCCAACUUUGAUGGCCAAGCUCAGGAAAGUGGCUUUCGGAAAAUCUGUUGGGCAUUUUUGAAGCUUGUAGGUGCAAAUGGAGUUCUAAAUGUUGGAGGAAAACUGCGUCUACAACUAUAUUCUCCUCCUGCCAGGACCAGGUCACAGCUAAAUAUUGUGGAAGUUUAUGACUGGUGGGCAAAAUGUCCCAGAAACCAUUAUCCCUCAACACUCUACGUAACCAUAAAGGGCAUUAAACUUCCAGAACAUGUAGAUCCUUCAUUACGUUCUAUGAUGGCUGUUCAGCAAGAAUACCAUUCUCCAUCAUUCUUGGAGCUCCAAAGGGAAAUAUCUAAAAAACCUAAUAAUUCUGGACCACAGGUGAAAAAAGAAGAACCUUUUAAGUGGUCAAAACUCCCUGGACAGGUUUGUCGUAUACCAAACAAAUAUUUGUUUUCUCUGCGAGCUGGAGAUAUGGGAUGUUUCUGUAUUCGCUUCUCUGAAGAUGGCCGGACAUUAGCAGCAGGUUGUGCAGAAAGAAAUGGUUAUCCAAUUCUUUUAUAUGAGAUUCCUUCUGGCCAAUACCUGCAGGAAUUUUAUGGACACCUAAACAUUGUGUAUGAUCUUUGCUGGUCAAAGGAUAAUCAACAUCUGCUUACUGCAUCCUCAGAUGGCACUGCAAGAAUGUGGAAAAUAGAAAUCCAGACUAGUUCAGUCAUGAAGGUCUUUCCUCAUCCUUCCUUUGUCUAUACUGCUAAAUACCACCCAACAGCUGAGUAUAUCAUAGUGACAGGAUGUUAUGAUGCGGUGAUUAGAGUUUGGAAUGCAAAGGUGAAGGAAAUACAUGGGCAGCUUCUACAAGAGUUUGAUGGUCACAGAGGUUUUAUCAAUACAUUAUGUUUUGAUGCAGAAGGAUUUCACAUGUUUUCUGGAGACAGCACAGGACUAGUAAUUGUCUGGAACACUUAUGUUAAAGAAGAUUCUCAAUCGCCAAUUCAACACUGGGGCAUUGAUAAGGAAAUAAAAGAUGAUGAUAUUAAAGGGACAGCAGUAAAUCAUUUGGAGGUACAUCCAAAUGGAAGACGUUUACUAAUCCAUGCCAAAGACAGUACCGUGAGAAUCAUGGAUCUACGGAUCCUGGCCAUGAAGAAAUACAUUGGUGCUACAAAUUAUCGAGAAAAAAUUUGCAGUACCUUAACACCAUGUGGAACAUUCCUUUUUUCUGGAAGUGAAGAUGGUAAAGCAUAUGUCUGGAAUGCAGAAACAGGGGAUCAAGUGGCCAUGUAUUCUAAUCUUUCUUUCACAUCUGCACUUCGUGAUGUAGCCUUUCAUCCACAUGAUCAUAUGGUAUCAUUCUGUGCCUAUGGUCAAAACCAACCAAUACUUGUGUACAUUUAUGAUUAUAAAGUUGCCCAGGAGGAUGCUGAACUGGUAAAAGAUUUUAACGGAUUACAUCUAUCUACAUUGUCCAGAGGCCCACAAAUUCUUAGCAGUUCCGCUGGUAUUUCUUCAAAGAAAAAUACAAUAAAUUCUCCAGCUGACCAGUUUGCAAGUGUUGCAAGAGUAUCUAUGAGGAUGCAGAAAGUCAAACAAAAACUAGAUUCUGUUACGGCCAGCUUCAGUCCAUUGGUUCCUAGUCCAUCUCUGCUUUCACCACACUCCAAAUUAAGAUUGGCAUGUACACUGGGUGAACCACCACAGAUUCCUCUGUAUCCUCUUCCUGCUCAAAGUGGGAGCUUCGUCCCAGUAGGAAAUCCUUUUAUCCGAACACCAUCAGCUGGACUAUACAUGAAUGAGUUCACAACGGCAUCAUAUGGGAAAGGAGACAGUGGUUCCAUUCCUGUCCAAGAAACAGUAGUGGCUCUUUAUGACUACACAGCGCAUCGAUCAGAUGAAUUAACCAUCCACUGCAGGGACAUUAUCCGAGUGUUAUACAAAGAUAAUGAUAACUGGUGGUUUGGCAGCCUGGUAAAUGGACAGCAAGGCUAUUUUCCAGCUAGUUAUGUGGUUGGUGAAACACAAUAUGAAGAACAACUUUCUCCAGGAGUAGCAGAAGAUUCAACUCCUCUUCUGUCUAGUGAAUUGGCAGCAGGCGCAUCACCAGCUGUGCCUGAGAUAUCAGCAGUCAUCAACAAGUCAGGAGACCAAAGAUUUAUUUCAGAGAAUGACACAGACUACCUGGCCACACAAGGUGCAAAAAGGAAAACAAAGAAGAAAGCUAUACAAAUGGAGGAAAAAGAAUAUAAGGCUUGUGACAACUUCCCAUCUAAUGCUGUUGAGGAUGGAAAUAAGAAAAAUAUGAUGGUGAAGAAAAAGAAAAGGUCGGCAAAAACCACAAAUGGAAGUGGAACAUCAAAUGAAGCCUUCCAGCUGGAUUCUUCCAACACGUAGUAUUCAUUUGGUUCUUGGAUGCAGUUUUCAUAGAUAAAAUCAGUGUGGAAAAAUAUGGCGUUACUGUUUGUUGUGAAAUGAUUGUAUGACAUGG